UUCGUUUAGUGCUGCGAGUGUCAGACCCUGGUCAAUUCUGCAUCACCAUAUCAACUUCUUUCGGCCUUGAUUAAAGGCCAAACCCAAUACAUCUUGCAGUGGCGCAUACUGUAAACUCCAAACACCUGAUACAAAGCGCAACCACAAUUUCUGCGGCUGCAAGAUGCAGUCUAGAUUUCAAUCGUAUCAGUCUUCUAUCCAAUCAGGCCUUCAAUCCGACUAUGCCAAAUCCACAUCCUCGUUCUUCAGUAACAUUCUUACGACAACCACCUCAAAAUACAACUCCCUCAAACGACAACUCAUUUCGAGCGAAGCCGACGGUGACACUGAAGACGACUCUCACAUAGCAAGAGGAUUAAGAGCAUAUUACACCGAGAAAGGAAGGGCGUUUCCACCAUGGCUGCCGCCAGACCCCAAAGCCCCGCCUCCUCCUGCACCAACACAAUUUGUGUCUAGUUCCGGCGUGAAUGUGCAGCAGAAAGGCUACGGGACGCAAAAUCAGCAGAAUCCUACGGGAUCUGGUCGAUGGAACAGAUCAGGUGGGGGACUCAGCGAUUUAUGGGGCGAUGGUAACAGGAACUCAUCACCUCCGGGCAGUGACAGCCUUCGGCAGCGCCCCAGCAUGGUCUCGAACAACUCCGCCGGCUCUGUACCGACGAGCUCGCAGUCAGGUCGCUUUGGUAGUUCAAGAUUUGGAAGUGGAGAGAGUCUACAGCCCGAGCCGCAAUCUCGACCCUUGCCCAGCCAAAGAGCAGGCAGCUACCAAAGUCAAGGCUCCGUCGGGGGUGGUCGAUUUGACACUGCAUCUCCACCACCUGCAAGUGGCGUUUCCGCGCAGGACAGAUUGAAAGCGCGGCUCUGGGGUGCUGCACGUACAGCGUCGCCACCUCCAAACGCCGCUUCAGCUGGGAGCCCUGGAAAUAGCGGAAGCAGAAACCCGUACGAGAACACGGGAGGAGGAAAUAAUUCGUAUGCAAAGCAAGCCUCAGGGAGCAAUUCAAGAUAUGGAGGUGGCCCCUCGCAAGAUAGGCCUCUAGUCUCGUCGAACUCACCAUGGAGUGGUGGGGGAGAUUAUGGAGGCAGCGGAGGGUAUGAACAGAGUGGGGUACCUUCUGGUGGAGGACUUCCAUCGGGUCCACGAUCUGGCAGACAAGGAGUUGGAUUACCAAAUGGGCCGCGGCCUCAAAGAUUUUGAGUGGCUGGUAUUUUCACCGAUCUGAGAUGUGCCAAGUCAUUUUCAGCGACGGAUGUGCAAGCAUUUAGCUAUGUCAUUAAACGAUAUCCAUUAAGUGCGACCUAUCUUUUGAAGUAUUAUGAUAAUGAAGAUGAUCAAAUCCAAGCAUUGCUUGAUUUUCUUGUCAGAGAUACAUCAAGUUGAGGGACACGAAAUAGUGGAAUUGUUGCCGACUGGACGAGGUGGUUUGGAGAUCACUAGUCGCCAGUUCGGUUAUACUGAGCUCGAAGUGGCGUUGUCUUGCUAAAAUUGAUUGAGAUGGAAGAGAUUGGUUAAGGGCUUGAUCAUGUCUUUCAACACAUAUUUCAAUCUACGCGACGAUAGACUUCCCAAGAAAAAAAAGUUCGAAAAA